UAACCGUCAUCUAAACUGUCAUUUAUAUGAUUUGAUAUAUAAAAAUUCAAAGAUAAACAAUGUCCUUAUCACCUUGGUUAAAAUCGCCUUUUACUGAUUUAACAGGAUCUCUUGUUAAUCAUCAAUGGUAUGGAGAAUGUGCCAAUCUCGAAUUAAAAGUUUUGGAUUGUUUGGAAGCUUACGGUCUGGAUAGAGGUUUAAAGAAAUGCGAUUUACUUAUUGAAGAUUUUAGAGAAUGCUCCUUGAGAACCAAGCAAUUUAAGCGGAUGAAAGCUAUGAGGUACGAACGGCAUCGACAAUAUUUUAAUGGCGAAAGAACCAAAGAAAAAAAAUAUGCCAAAGCACCCACUUACGAUAGUUAUUGAACAUUUUAUUACUUAAGCCAUCAUUUCUAUAUAUAAUUUAAAUAAAUAGUCUAAAUAUGUA